AUGAUUGUUUACUUUGCUGUAGGUGUGGAUCCGUUAAAAUUUCUCAAUCCUCCGCCACAAGUUUCUAGUGGAUACCUAGGGAUGAAUUUUGACUUCAACUGUUCAACUGAUGAUGCAAAUGCAACAGUUAAACUUUUGUUCGCUGCAGACUUUGUAAACUAUAAUGAAAGAACUUUGUCUCCUGAGAAACUUCACCUGAAUAAACAAGUUUUUACAUUGUUGAACCUUGGGGUGAGGGAUGGUGGACAAUAUAGGUGUAAAGCAACAGAUGGAAAAAAAACCAUUAAAUGGCCAAUCACUCAUGGUUUACUCUUUCUUUCUCAAGGUAGGUGGAACACAAGCAUACAUUAUGUACGAUGUAGUUUACAUUAUGUAGUAUUAGCAAAUCUCAUCCUCACAGUAUAUACCAGAAACUUGAGUUAAACAAAUCGACAGUGGUUUAGUGUGGUCUGUACUCCUCUCAAAAACACUAUGUUUUUGUGUUAAAACUGUUCCAGACAGCAAAGUUACAAAUGCUAUCGAUAAGUCUGAAAAUUUAGUGAAAGCAACCCUGGCCUUCACUAAUGCUCAACCUCAACACUAUGUUUGUCAUCAUAGUGGUCAAAUUGUUAUGGAAUCACGAGGCGCAGCUAAGUGAGUCCACAACAAAUAAAACGAUUCUUUUAAUGCAGCAUUGUCUGUUCUCUUAUUGACAACGGCAAAUUGGCCAAUUGGAUUGCAACAUUACUGCCCAUUGUGGUAAAAACUGUGUUCUUCCGUGUUUCGUUCAUACAAACUUUUCAUCUCCAGGAAUGACCAUAAAAGGAGUUUUGUUUCUCUGAAAACCUGUUUCAAGCAAAAGGUGUUAAGAGGAGACAAAAUAUCUUACAAUAUGAGCAUGUAACUUAAGAGUGUUGUGUUACUUUACAGGUAAACCGCCAGAUAUUAUACUUGAUCCACCAAGACCAAUUAUUGUGCAGCAGGGGCAAACUGGAAAAAUCACAUGUCAAGCUAUGGGUUGGUCUGUCAGCAAACUUGCGUGGAAAAAGCGAAGUAACUCUGGUGACCAAACCGUUCCAGACAGCAAAGUUACAAAUGCUAUAGAUAAGUCUGAAAAUUUAGUGAAAGCAACCCUGACCUUUACUAAUGCUCAACGUCAAGAUAGUGGUGAAUAUAAAUGUGUGCUGACCGCUUUCAACAAACAGGAUUAUAAGCUUGCAAAUAUACGUGUGGAUGGUAAGCUUUGAACCAUUUUUAUAAUACAGCAUUAGUAUUCUUCUUUAGCCACUAAAUCUUGUAGUCGUAACGCCAUUGGUAUAAUUGAGUCCUUAAAACUUUACUCUACGAUCCAGACAUGUUAUCAAAAUUGUAUGUUUUCAUGGCCAUCUUUUUUUAGUGAGAGAUGUGGUGUCUGUUAAAACUAAUGCGGUUUAUAUUGGCAGUCUUGUUUUUGCCGCUCAAACGAAUCAGUCUCUACGCCAAUAAAAUUGUUGCAAACAUAACACAGGAAGUUAAUUCUCAACAUCCCUCAAGCGAUCCUUGGUAAUGGACCUAAACAAAAACAAAGUACAAAUUUUUUUCUCUUUCCCGACCACUGAGCUACAAUUUCACGGGCAUGCGGCUUAUUGUGGAAGAGACUCUUUCGCGAGACAUCUUUUCUUUAUUCUAAAGGCAUUGGUCUUUUCAAAGAACACGGCGCGGCAAGUGAAAACUAGACUACCAACACCUACAGAGAACCAGCAGUAAGCUCGUAUAUUUUGUUGGAGGAAAUAUAACUUUACAUCCAGCAAGUUUUGGAGAAACAUUCCACUACCAUAUAUCGAUUUUGUGCAUUGCACUGAUUUGGCAAAUUUGCAUUAGCGGUUUACUCAUCGCGGGACAGAGACUACUGUUUGCUUCUACUGGGUUUGUUAUUUUACAUACUGCCAUCUUUACCAGCGGCAAUGAACCCCAUAAUACUGUUCGUAUCGAACAAAAAUACGGAAGAAAAAAGUAAAAAGCUUUAUCCGAGUUUGGUCUUCUACAUUUUACAACUUUAUUAAAGGUUAUGAAUCAGCAAUUUUCAUUUCAGAUUACAACUGAUAGACCGCAUCACAUCUUUAAAAUCAUUACCAAAACGUGCGAUUUUGUUUACCACCUGCACAUAUAGAAAUGAACUUGAAAUGAAGCCUUUAAUGUGAAAAUGUAAAAAAAAAAAUUGAUGAGGUAAAUUAGACUAAUUCAGUAAACGACAUUUCCCAAAAGAACGGUUAUCUCUGUCAUUAAUGAGUUGGAAGGGCUGAGAGGUUGUAGUUUUUCAGUUCAAUAUUUGAAAUGACAUAGUAAUAUAAACCGAAGAUUAUGUUUAAGCCUCGUACUCUGCUACUUUUGCGCUGCGCACAAACGAUGAAAAACUGACAGUUUGCCAUAACGCAAUUAGCAGGCGUAUCUUCAAUAAAAUCAGAGCGAUGGUGAGAGACAACAUCUCACAGCGGUGCCAUUUUCGAAUAGCUUAAAAGAAUAAGUUUGACGUAGGUAAAUAGCAAAUAUUUACGGGAAGUUGCAUCGCACUUGUUAACCCUAUCACUCUACCACUUCGUCAAUGUGAUAUACUCUAGUCCAGUCUUGUCAAACCUAGUCUCACAAUUAAUGUCACCUUUUUACUUUCUUAGGGGUAGGAGGGUUUAGUUAGAUUAGACUAAAGCUUCAUCUGGGCCAUGUUUGCUAAUGAUUGUUUACUUUGCUGUAGGUGUGGAUCCGUUGAAAUUUCUCAAUCCUCCACCCCAAGUUUCUAGUGGAUACCUUGGAAUGAAUUUUGACUUCAACUGCUCAACUAAUGAUGCAAAUGCAACAGUUAAGCUUUUGUUCGCUGCAGACUUUGUAAACUAUAAUGAAAGAACUUUGUCUCCUGAGAAACUUCACCUGAAUAAACAAGUUUUUACAUUGUUGAACCUUGGGGUGAAGGAUGGUGGACAAUAUAGGUGUAAAGCAACAGAUGGAAAAAAAACCAUUGAAUGGCCAAGCACUCAUGGUUUACUCUUUCUUUCUCAAGGUAGGUUGAACACAAGCAUACAUUAUGUACAGUGUAGCUUAAGUUAUGUAUUAUUUAGCAAAUCUUAACUCCACGGUAUAAACCAGAAACUUAAGUUUAACAAAUCGAAAGUGGUUUAGCGUGGUCUGUACUCCUCUUAAAAACACUAUGUUUGUCAUCACAGUGUUCAAAAUGUUAUGGAAUCAUGAGGCGCAGCUAAGUGAGUCCACAACAAAUAAAACGAUUCUUUUAGUGCAGCAUUGUCUGUACUCUUAUUAACAACGGCAAAUUGGCCAAUCGGAUUGCAACAUUACUGCCAAUUGUGGUAAAAACUGUGUUCUUUUGUGUUUCGUUCAUAUAACCUUUUCAUCUUCAGGAAUGACCAUAAAGAGUUUUGUUUCUAAAAAACAAAAAAAACAGUUUCAAGCAAAAGUUGUUAAGAGAAGACAAAAUAUCUCAGAGAUAUCGUUUGAUUUAAUACUAAAUUCCCAAAGGUAAUAUUAAAGGAAGUGUUUGGCAGACAGUGUGGAGAAUUGAUACUGGAUCUUUAGGGUGAAGGAGUAAAUUUUCCUUUAAAAGUGCAUGGAAUUAUAAAGAACCAGAGACGUGUAACGAGAUUCACCAAGAGUAUAAUUAAAUAAAAGUAUUUUAUUUUUGAAUUCUUUUGAAAUCAACAGAUUUAACUUAAGAGGUCUCUAAGGUGUACAGAGUUAAUGAUAUUUAUGGGCACGUAUCUAAAAGUGUUGUGUUACCUCACAGGAGAAUUGCCAGAUAUUAUACUUGAUCCACCAAGACCAAUCAUCAUCCAGCAGGGGCAAACUGGAAAAAUCACAUGUCAAGCUAUUGGUUGGUCUGUCAGCAAACUUGCGUGGAAAAAGCGAAGUAACUCUGGUGACCAAACUGUUCCAGACAGCAAAGUUACAAAUGUUAUAGAUAAGUCUGAAAAUUUAGUGAAGGUAACCCUAACCUUCACUAACGCUCAACGUCAAGAUAGUGGUGAAUAUAAAUGUGUGCUGACAGCUUUCAACAAACAGGAUUAUAAGCUUGCAAAUAUACGUGUGGAUGGUAAGCUUUUAACCAUUUUUAUAAUGCAGCAUUAGCAUUCUUCUUUAGCCACUAAAUUUUGUAGUCGUGACACCAUGGUAUAGUUGAGCACACAGAACCCAACUCUACUAUCCAGACAUGUUAUCGAAAUUGUAUGUUUUCAUGGUCAUUUUUCUUUAGUGAGAGGUGUGGUGUCAUUUAAAUCUAAUGCGGUUUAUAUUUGCAUAGUCUUGUUUUGUCUUUUGCCGUUCAAACGAAUCAGUCUCUACGGUAAUAAAAUUGUUCCAGACAUUACACAGGAAGUUAAUUCUUAACAUUCCUCAAGCGAUCCUUUGUAAACAAAGAGAAAGUACUGAUUUCUUUCUUUUUCCUCACCACUGAGCUACAUUUUCACCGGCAUGCGGUCCAUUCUGGAAGAAAUUUUUGCGCGAGGCAUCUUCUCUUCAUACCUUCUUUUCAAAGAACACGGCGCCGCGAGUGAAAUCUAGACUACUAACACCUACAGAGAACCAGUAGUGAGCUCAUAUAUUUUGUUAGAAGAAAUAUAACUUUGCCUCCGGCAAGAUUUGGAGAAACAUUCCCUAACGAUAUCUCGAUUUUGCGCAUUGCACUGAUUUUGCAAAUUUAAAUUGCCUCAACGAAAUAUCUACAGCUUCCGUUUUCUUUUUCAACGCACUCAAACUUGAGUAAUUCUCUGCGUACGAUCAUGCAGUCCAACAAUGAUUGUGUCUAUUGUCAAAGUCACAGAAAUUAAUAACAGCCUACUACUCUAACACAUCGUCAAGGUCUUUUAACUUAUCAGUGUAUCUGAUUUCCGCUACUUCACUUUCCUUUCCAUACUAGACUGAACCAACUUCAGCACUUCAACGCUAAAUUAAUGUCGGUAGAAUGACAAUUAUAUCGAUGAACCAAAUCAUUUUUGUUUGAGUUGAACUCUAUACUUAAGUAAAUACUUUCUUCAGUGCAAUGAACUUGCAUAUACAGCUGAUAACCAUGUAACAAUAUUUAAUAACAUUUGAUAAUAUUCCCCUUUGAGCCAAGGGUCGUGACGCUAUUACGCAGCGCACAUGAAAAUACCAAAUAUCAGGAAUCACGUUUCUUAAGCAGUUAACUCUUAUUUGUUUGUGUUUAACCUUUAUGACGACAUUCAAAUGAUCGUAGGUGUUCCCUCCUCGUUUCUGCUUUGAGCACAAUAGCUUUUUCUGUUGUUAGCACUUUUGCGUUGGUCGGCAAUAUUUUGGUGACUACGGUUUUUCUCAUCAACAAAACCAUUAGGACAUCUAAAAAUUAUUUCAUUGUUAACAUGGCCGUUGGGGAUCUAUUGUCCGCUGUGAGCACAUGGCCGCUGUACGACACUGAGGGGAUAUUGUCGGGGAAACAUUUGAUCGAUGAUCCAGUAGCCAUAGCUGUUUGUAAAAUAAGUCUGUAUUUCAAAGGCGUGUCACAGGCUAUUUGAGUUUUCAGCCUAGCCAGUAUAGUCGUAGAGAGGUUCAUUGCCGUAGUUCAUCUACUUGAAGCUAAAUUUCUGAUGCAAAAGACUCGACCCCGAGCUGUUACAUUGGCACUAACUUGGAUCGUCCCGUUACCAUUACUGUACCAUGCCUCAGAUUCUUAAGGAUUGUUAGGCUUAAUGAGAAUCAACCACUUCGUUCGUUUUCGUGGGAGGCGGAGAAUCGUUAUGUAUUCUAUGCUAUUGAGUUUGUUAUGUUCUACAGUACCCCCUACCCCUGACUGAUUCAGUUAACGACAUUUUACAAAAGAACACUUAUCUCCGUAAUUAAUGAGUUGUAAUGGCUGAGAGGUUGUAGUUUUUCAGUUCAAUAUUUGAAAUGACGUAGUGAUAUAAACCGAAGAUCAUGUUUAAGCCUCGUACUCUGCUACUUUUGCGCUGCGCACAAACGAUGAAAAACUUACAUUAUGCCAUAACACAAUUAGCAGACGUAUCUUCAAUAAAAUCAGAGCGGUGGUGAGAGACCGCAUCUCACAGUGGUGCCAUUUUCGAAUAGCUUAAAAGGAUAAGUUUGACGUAGGUAAAUAGCAAAUAUUUACGGGAAGUUGCAUCGCACUUGUUAACCCUAUCACUCUACCACUUCGUCAAUGUGAUAUACUCUAGUCCAGUCUUGUCAAACCUAGUCUCACAAUUAAUGUCACCUUUUUACUUUCUUAGGGGUAGGAGGGUUUAGUUAGAUUAGACUAAAGCUUCAUCUGGGCCAUGUUUGCUAAUGAUUGUUUACUUUGCUGUAGGUGUGGAUCCGUUGAAAUUUCUCAGUCCUCCACCCCAAGUUUCUAGUGGAUACCUUGGAAUGAAUUUUGACUUCAACUGCUCAACUAAUGAUGCAAAUGCAACAGUUAAGCUUUUGUUCGCUGCAGACUUUGUAAACUAUAAUGAAAGAACUUUGUCUCCAGAGAAACUUCACCUGAAUAAACAAGUUUUUACAUUGUUGAACCUUGGGGUGAGGGAUGGUGGACAAUAUAGGUGUAAAGCAACAGAUGGAAAAAAAACCAUUGAAUGGCCAAGCACUCAUGGUUUACUCUUUCUUUCUGUCGGUAGGUUGAACACAAGCACACAUUAUGUACAGUGUAGCUUAAGUUAUGUAUUAUUUAGCAAAUCUUAACCCCACAGUAUAAACCAGAAACUUAAGUUUAAUAAAUCGAAAGUGGUUUAGCGUGGUCUGUAUUCCUCUUAAAAACACUAUGUUUGUCAUCACAGUGUUUAAAAUGUUAUGGAAUCAUGAGGCGCAACCAAGUGAGUCCACAACAAAUAAAACGAUUCUUUUAGUGCAGCAUUGUCUGUAUUCUUAUUAACAACGGCAAAUUGGCCAAUCGGAUUGCAACAUUACUGCCAAUUGUGGUAAAAACUGUGUUUCGUUCAUAUAACCUUUUCAUCUUCAGGAAUGACCAUAAAAGAGUUUUGUUUCUCUUAAAAAAACCGUUUCAAGCAAAAGUUGUCAAGAGAAGACAAUACAUCUCAAGGAUAUUGUUUGAUUUAAUACCAAAUUCCCAAAGGUAAUGUUUUCAUAAGAAAUCUUUGGCAGACAGUGCGGAGAAUUGUUUUGAACCUUUAGGGUGAAGGAGUUAAGUAUUCCUCAGAGAGUGCAUGAAACUAUAAAGUACCAGAGGGUGACUUGUUACAAGAUUCACCAGAAGUACUGUUAAAUGAAAGUUAAUAGUUAAUGAAUUCUUUUGAAAUCAGCACAUUUAACUGAAAAGGUCUCUAAGGGUUAAUGAUUUUGAUGAGCAUGUAAUUUAAAAGUGUUGUGUUACCUUACAGGAAAAUUGCCAGAUAUUAUACUUGAUCCACCAAGACCAAUCAUUGUGCAGCAAGGGCAAACUGGAACAAUCACAUGUCAAGCAAGGGGUUGGUCUGUCAGCAAACUUGCGUGGAAAAAGCAAAGUGACUCUGAUGACAAUACUGUUCCAGACAGCAAAGUUACAAAUGUUAUAGAUAAGUCUGAAAAUCUAGUGAAAGCAACCCUAAACUUUAGUAAUGCUCAACUUCAAGAUAGUGGUGAAUAUAAAUGUGUGCUGACAGCUUUCAACAAACAGAAUUAUAAGCUUGCAAAUAUACGUGUGGAUGGUAAGCUUUGA